AUGGCUGGCUUCGGAGCGAAUAUUGCUGAUGCUUUUAUAGACAAUGCUGCUGAUCGUUUUGUUAACAAUUUUAUUCCAGGAAAUGGUUAUCUGAGUAGCGUCGCUCAAACGGGUGUGGAUCAAUGGCUCAAUAACGAUAUCAAUAGUCGUUUUGGUGGAGGACUAGGCUCAACAUACGGAUACGAUUAUUCAGGUGGUAAUUACGGAGGAUUUGGUGGUGGAUUUGGUCGCGGAUUUGGUGGUGGAUAG